AUGCUGGGAAGAAUGCCUCUCUCACCCUUGUCGACGGCAGAAUCUGUAAUAUGCCGGCCAUAUUACACCGUAAGGCUCUCUUCUUCUGACAUUUACUUAUUGUGUCACAGAUGCUCACUCUAUUUUUGGAAAGUGGGUAGCUCAUUCUCUUCGAUUUUUCUUUGGUGGAAUCUGCUCUCUGACCUUCGUGAAGGCUAGAAGUCGCCCAGAUGACCCAUUUGGUAGCUAUAGUUUGCUUAAUUGAUAAAAGAAUAUUAAUGGAAAGCACAAGGAGGCACAGGAUAGUGAUCUGAUCAAUUUAUGAGUAAUAUCAAUGGGAAGACAAUGGAUCCGAGGAGGCACACGAUUAUGUUUUGAUUAAUUUAUAAAGAAUAUGAACGAAUUCUGAUUUCAUUAAUGGCCCAGCAGCCUCUAGAACCCACCCACCUUCAUACCCAAGAACUCUCCAAAAAUCCUUGCAUUUAUAGUUAUUGAUUUGGAAUGCUCGAUGCAUAUUUCGUGAAAUAUUUUAGCAACAUCAUUGAAGUAAAUUUAUUAAUUUAUUAGUCGGAAAAUAUUAAUCAACAGUCAUACAGAUAUUCACAGAUGUGAUGAACUAGACGGAUUACUGCAUCGUUCUACUCACUGUAUAUUUCUACCUCUCAGCUGAAUACUCCUAACUCAUUGCCAAAUCUGGCAACGAGUAGACGACCCCAUGCACGCGGAGAGUGCAGCGUCUUUGGGAGGGAGGUGACCGCAAGUGGAAAGUGGCGGCUACACUCGGCCGACAAAACCCUAUCCGCCGCUGUCCUCGAGGACGGGGAGAAGACCAAGGCAUGGGAGGAGUGCAGGCGGCUGGUCUCCUCCUUUGAUUUCACCGUGGAGGAAGCUGACGCUAUGCUGGGGAAGGCCUUCGGGUGGGUCCACUCUCCUUACUGGGGAGAAGAGAGAGAAAGACAGGUCCCCAGCCACGAAGCCGUCGGUGAGACGUUGACCUACCUCAGAGAUCUGGGCCUCUCCGACGACGACCUCCGCAAGUUGCUGAAGAAGUUUCCCGAGGUUCUGGGGUGCGGCCUGGAUGAGGAGGUGAAAGUCAACGUCGGCCUGCUGAAGAGCAGCUGGGGGAUCAAAGGGAAGGCUCUGACGAAGCUGCUCGUGAGGAACCCUAAGGUCCUGGGUUACAACGUGGACUGCAAAGGGGACUGCAUCGCCCAGUGCACCCGCUGCUGGGCCCGGUUCUAG